AAGCGGAAAUGCGUUACAGUGACAGAUGGUAGCUUGAGGCUAACUGCUGCAAAGGAGUCAGUCGGGUUCAUGGAUGUAACCGGUUGUGUUGUGGUCUAAAAUCAUAAAGUUAAUCAUGUAACAGUUAGUUAUCUUUGAAUGGUAUGUUAUUAUAACGCAAAGACGAGCCAAUAAUUAAUGUGAGUCAGUCUCAGUGUUUGUCGCAGAGGGGAAAUGUUGACGCUAACGUUAGUAACAUUGAACAAGUGCGGCCGCACGCAAAGCGCCUGUUUCCAUUGAUGUCCAAAAGGUAUCGACUCUAAUCUUUUAUUGCCUAAAAUAACAUUGUUCCUUCAGAUUCAGCUCUUAAUAUCAGCCUGGUCGUUUAUGUGGAGCAGCUGGCAGCAGUCCCGCCUCCAAGGAGAAACACACCAAUCAGUGAUGGUUAUGGAGGAUGAUGGACGUCCCGACAGCCAAUCAGAGCCAGACACCCUGUCAGCCGUGGGCAGGCCAGAACGGCUGGUCCCCGGCUUCACCUCCAGGACCCCCCUGCAACCCUCUGCCCAGCUUCCAGCACCUCAGCCUGGGCUCGCCAUCUGACCAGAGACCCUGCUACGACCACCUGCAGCCAUCCAACCGGGGCUGCCACAGCGACACAAACGACGCCCAUCACAGCACACUGUAUGCUCAUAACGCAAGUCAGGGUGUGCAGCGAAUCGUUCCUGAUGCAUCCGUGGCUCCAGCUGCAAGCCAAGGAAGAAAUAUACCUCCAUGUUCUCUGCCUCUUAUUAAUCAAGGGACGCAGCCUUGCACGCCACUGCAAAUGCCAUUUUACUCCCCUUACAGCCCAUACCAGCCCCCGCACACACACCAGGGUUUACUGAAUGGACUUCAGUCACCACAUCAGAAACAUCUGCCCGUCAGCUCCCCGUCAUUCAGACAGUGUGUAAACCAGAGUCCGCAGUGCACAGCUCAGCCUGCGUUUGAGAGGGCCAAUGUGGAGUCCCCCGUUGUAUCGGCCCACAGUCCUGCCUCACACACCUCUCCCGUCCAACAGUACACACACUGUAGAGGAACCAUCAGUGAGUUUGUUCCCAGUGCGGCGGCACAGGACACAAGCAGCACGCCACAGUCUCCGGAGUCUCGUUACGGUCUGGACCCAGAGCUCCUGCCCAGUGCGGUGAAGGUGAUUGCAGAGGACAAGGCGGAGUGGGAGGGCAAGGUCUUCGUCUCAGAGCCUUUUUCCCGUCUUCCUCCUCUGGCAACUACUUCGUGUAUCAUAGAGGACAGGGGUAAUGCGAGUCCUUUCGCCAUCCGCUCCACCUCGUACUGCGUGCCCUGUGAAGGUCAGACUGCCCUGUUGAGCCGUCUGCCGCUGGGAGCUCUGGUCAGCCCACUGGCAAAACAAAAUGCUGGAGAGAACGCCCUGCCAGUGUGCAAAGAGCCAGAGUGUGUUAUGGGCUGUGGUUGGUGCGGAGCAUCCAUGUGCCCGGCGAUGGGCUGGCAGGACUGCGGUCAGAGGUUUUACUGCCCCUUCUGUGGUAAACUCAGCGAAGUGCCGUGGCAACACUACCAGCCCACCAAAGGGGUGGAGGGGGUUCGGGUGGAUAAUGAAAAGAGGCCAGAACUCAGUAUGGGAUCGUACGAGAUACUUAAUUCUCUGAAGGGUGAGCCGGCUGCACUGCUUCUAGCCAUAGAUGUGUCUGCCUCAGCACUGAGAGGAGGACAUUUGGAGUUUGCAGCACAACAAAUCCUUACUUUGCUGACCUCUCUGAAGAGGGAGGAUGGCGAGUCCUCGUCAGACGUUCGAGUUGGUUUGAUGACGUAUGACAGCAAGAUCCACCUGUACGACCUCAGCCCCGCCCUGUCCCGCCCACACAUGCUGGUCAUCACAGAGACAGAAGACCUGCAGCUUCCUGUGAGGGAGGGGCUUCUGGUGUCCCUACAAGACUGUAUAGACAGUAUUGACAGUGUGCUGCAGCUUGUUCCUCAGUUCAGUUCAGAGUGUGAUGACUCAAGCGGAGUUCCCAUGGAGCUGCCUGUCAAAGCAGGGCUAGCUGUACUGCAGGCCCUAGGUUGUCCUGGCAAGCUGCUGAUCUUCCAUACUGCCCCUCUGAUAGAGAUGGGACACACAAACUCACCCUCAGGGUUCUUUGGCUCAAACAAACCAAAGUCCGUCUUUCAGCCGUCAGAGCAAGCUGUCUCAUUGGCCAAGGAGUGCGUCAGUCAGGGCUGCGGCGUUCACCUGUUUGUCCUCUCCCAGCAGGACGUAGGCGGGGCUUGGCCAGGACACAUUCCAUAUCUAACAGGUGGAGCGCUGCACACCUACAGCCACCUCCAGGGAGAAUUGGACAGAGAGCGUUUCUGCACCGAUCUAAAGACGACUGUAGAGACGUACACAGGCUACAAGGCUGAGCUCAGGAUUUUUGUCAGCAAAGAUUUGCGUGUGUCUGGCUGUUACGGACUUUUUAUCCCUGGGCCUAACCCAGGCCACGUCACUAUGGCAACUCUUGAUUGCUUUACAACACUGGCUGUGGAGCUGGCACACACCAGAGCUCUGGAUGAGACCAGAGGUGUCGCCAUACAGGCUGUAUUAUCUUACAGCACACAGACCGGGGACAGGAGGACCAGAGUUCACACUCUGACCCUGCGAUGCUCACGUCAGCUGCAGGACGCUUUCCGGCAGUACCAGGCCCAAACACUACUCACCUUCUACUGCAAAAAGAUUUACUGUGCAGUGUUGGAGCGCCCUCUACAGGAGCUGAGGGAGGAACUGCAGACGGAGGUAACAGAAGCAUUGGCGUCCUACCGCAAACACUGCUGCUCUGCCUCAGUGUCUGCUGGACAGCUGGUCCUCCCUCAGUACCUGCGAGCUCUUCCUGUUUACAUCAACAGUCUGAGGAAGAGCGAGGUGCUUCUGCCGGGCCUCAGGAGCUCCAUCCACCAGCGGCUGCAGCAGCGCUGCCAGGUGCUCAGGAUGGACACCCGCGGCACCUCCACACACUUCUACCCUCUGCUGCUGCCUCUGGCGCUGUCAGUUGACAGCUCCAGCUCUCCAAACCCAGAGGAGGCGCUGCGCUGCUGUGCCGCCAGCCUGGAGCCCAGAGGUCUAUAUUUGGUCCAUGCACCCCUCACCUUGCUGCUCUGGGUGGGCGCCCAAGUCCCAGCAUGCACCCUGGUCGAGCUCUUCAACACCAGCUGUUUCUCCUCACUGCCCUCUGGAGAGACCAAGCUACCAGUUCUUGAAAACCCUCUGUCCAUCAGUGUUCGAUCCCUCAUCAACUCACUGAACGCUGAGGCAUCUUGUGCCCGCAAGCUGUGGGUGGUGAAGCAGGGUGACGCCUGCGAGGAGGCCCUGCAACGCCACCUGGUGGAGGACAAGAGUCCCAACGGAGGAGCGUCCUAUGCAGACUUCCUCUACCAUCUCCACGUCAACUCUGUCAGGCUUCUGCAGUGACUUAACACACACACACACACACACACACACACACACACACACACACACACUCGUACAUUUUCUGACCUCUGGGUGCAUUACCGUCUAUAAAAGAUGUCACUGCAGCGUAUUUGCCUCAAAUAACUAGACAUUAUUAUGAUGUGGAAAUAUGAAAGGCCUGUUGUCAGGCAGUGCAUAGGGACAUUUUAUCAUUUUACUCAUUUAAUGACUGUGACGUGUGUGUGUGUGCUGUGUUGAAUGUGAUCCAUGCUGUUCUGAAAAUAUGUUUAUGAUGUUAAUUUAUUCCUGUGUGUCCUGAGUUUUGCGUGUAUUGUUGUGUGUGGUUGUGUGUGUGUGUGUGUGUGUGUGUGAGGUGCCCACAGUGUGUUCUGUGUGCACAAUAUCAUGAAUAAAUAAAGCAUUUAAUUGAACCUUGAUUAAAGUUUCUUCCAGUUUAAGGAGAGCAGACUUUUCAGUGAACGUCAGUAGAAGCAGUGAAGUUGUAUCUUAGACGUCGUCCUGUCACAUCUGAUGAAGACGUGACUCAGGAAGCCAAAAGGGCAACUGUCUAAUGAGUCCAAGUGGAUAAUCAAACGAACUAACAACAUUGUAAUUAUGUUGCUGCAAGGGUGUGAAGCACUCAAACAUGUGGCUGUAUCAGGGGAGGGGGGUUUGGUGUCAGUGGUAUUUUUUCACAUUUGAUUGCCCAAACCAUCCAACAACAUCACAAAGAGUCUACAGCCAGGGCGGCGUCUCCGUGAGGUUGUUUGAACACAGUGGUGCUCUGAGCUGAAUGCUAGCACGUAUUAGUUUGGUGUAUUGGCACUAGUACACAAAGUACUAGGGAUGUACUGUCAAGUCAGGUUUUUUUCAGAUCCGAGUCCUUGAAUACAGGGUAUCUGCCUAAACUGGAUCCGAUCCAAUGCUUGUAUUUACACAAAUGUUCAUUAAAGUCCCCCAACCACUCAAAAA